AUGAUUCUUGCCGUGGAUGACAGAGAUGUUGGCAUGCGCUUCUUGUCCCAGCUCUUCAUUGAUCUCCUUUUCAGGCAAGGUUGCAACUCCGACAAGCGCUGGCUCAAUGCUCGCAAGGAGCGCGAGAGCGCGCAGAGACGUGAGGAGGAGAUCGAAGCGCUACAGGGAGCGAACGCAGAAGAAAUAGCAAACCUCAGUGAAACUCUUCGUAAAGCAGAGCAGGCGAGAAGAGAAUCCGAGAUCCAGCUGCAUCCUCUGCAGCAGCGAGAAACUGAGCUCGCCGAGGAAAUGAACAGGCAGAAGGAGAAAGAGCGUCUGAGGAAGGAGUACAUAGAGGAACUCAAAAAACGGCACGAGGAAGAGAAGAACCGCCUGGAGCAGUUGUUUCUCAAAGAGCAAGCUGGGAGGCGUGAAGAUCAGGUUCUGAGACUGAGCGCGGAGAGCAACUUGUCAAAGAUUCAAACCGAGCUGUCAAGGCUCCGAGAGUACGAGCUUGCAAGAAAAGAGCUUGAAGAAGAAUGCAAAGCCAAGAUCGACGACGAGAACUCGAGAAUGAAAGAAAUCUUUCAAGUUUCAGAUCAGAUGCGAAUGACGCUUCGUGACAUCGAGUUGAAGAUGAGCAGAGCAUACGCUGACUACUUCAACAUCGCCCCGUACGAGUCUGCUGUGGAGAACGAGGCCGAAGAGGCAGAAGACUUGUUCCUUGCUUAG